CUUGCCUUCCACGGCCAUCAUCACGACGGGAAGACUCAAGUUUGAGACCGCCUUAUUUUACCUCUCAUCAACCCAUGUAAGCAUGGCUCUUUGUUCCUUUGAUUCUUUCUUCCUUCAUCUUAUAUAGGCCCUUUUUAUUUCUUCAAAACUUCCAACUUCGUACGGGCCAUGGAAGAAGGCGAGAUUUUUAGGUCCAGAGCCCCUACCUCAUACACUAGCAGUGCUACAGGAUACUCGCAUCACCCAUCGAUCGAAUGGCCCGGAGAACCCUCCUUGAUUGAAUCUUCCAUUGACCAGACGAACGCUCCACCGCCUGCAGAAGAUACCCAAGAGCGACCUGUCUGUCGUCUUAUGGUUGAUAAACCGUCCGUAGCCCUUGGGCCAGGCAGAAUCGUAUUGGUUGAUGGAUAUUCUGAGGUGCAGUUUGGCCGUGACGCGCUGCCUCCAGGUUCUUCUACUCCCAAAGUUCGGAUAAAGGCGAUGGAGAUAUCAAAAUUUCACGCCACUGUGUACUGGGACACACACCUGAAGGAAUGGGCCGUCAUCGAUAUGGGCUCGAUGCAUGGGACAUACCUCCUUUCUUCUGAUGAUCCCUCAAAUGCUUCACCUAAGGAUAGAGGUAUACGAUUAUCACCAUCUCGGGCGGCUAGCAUUCCUCGGCGUCUCUCUAACAUGGACCGUCUAAGUAUGGGUGGUAUUACCUUUGUAGUCCAUAUCCACCAGAGCCUGCCCUGCGAGGAAUGUUCCCCCAGAGACGUAGGUGACGAAGUCUCUUUGUUCCCGUCGAAACGGAAGAAGCAGCAAACGCGAUCGGAGAAUGGGAUGGUGAGGCCUGCGCACCCACCAUAUCCCAAGAAUCCGAAGCAGGCAUUAGCUUUGCUAAAGCAAACUCUACUCUCACAGCAUGGCUCUGGCUCGAAGUCAACGGUCGAUCGAUACAUGGACCGCUCUGCCCGUCGACGUGCCCUCUUUUCCUCAAGUGCAGAUGAUUCACCUGGGGUGACACCCUGGAAUUCCACAACGCCGAAUGAAGAUCGAACCACCCCAGGCACCCCGCAUGAUGCGGAGCCCAUUUCCCAACCAGGCGUACCCUUACCUUCGACGAAUGUUGGGCACAAACUGCUCUUGAAACAAGGGUGGCAGCCAGGAGAGUCCCUCGGUCUCGCCGUCGAAGGAGGGGCAGUGGAGCCGUUGGAUACUAGUGCCACGUCCAGUUUCGGCCGACGGGGGUUGGGUAUGCCUCGUCCGUCGUCGGGGGGUUCUGGAAGGAGACGUUGAGAUGUGUUAUCUUCUAUCUUUCGUACAUAAUCUAGAUGGGAUAUUGUAAGGGAACUGCACCACUUCCUGUGACACUACUCCCCCAGGCCCCUCACGCUGCUUCGACGCAUGAAAGGCAUGAAUGAAACGUACGUAAAAUGAAAUCCUGCGAAAUCUAUACGAGGUCACGAGUAGCGACGCGUGAAACCGUGGGAACAUUUCGAUCACG